GAAUAAUUCUCCACUUGGAGCAGUUUGUCACUAUGUAACUGAAUGUCAGUAAAAGAAGACGGCAGUGUUGUAAUUUUAUAUCUUCAGUAAACGGAGGCGAAACCAAUCAGACAGGGUUUACAGGAAAAUACGUGGAAACACUCGUGCCUUAUUGGCUGACCGGCCUCAAUCCUGCCAAAUGCUAGCUCACACACUCAGUGUGAAGAAAAAUGGAUAUAUGCAGAUUUUUAUUUUUUAAUUUUUUUAAACCAGAAGGGGUUGGAACUGAAACAGUAACAUCCGCUGAUGCUGAGCAUGGAAAACAAGGUGUGUAAAUGUCUAUAUGAGUUCCAGUUUACGUGAACAUGAUAUGAGCAAAGUAUAAGGAAAGAUAAUUCACUUUGCAUGGCACUUUAGCAGCUAAACACUUAGCUUAGUUUUGCCUCCUCUUUGAUAGCAAUACCAAACAAGCCUAGUUAGAAAAGUUUGAUAUUUUAUUGGUCCGGUAGUCCUGCAAACAGUGACCACACCUGAAGCAAGUUUUAGGAGAAAUCCAACUUUUUCUGAUCAUGUCAUACAUUGACGUGUGCUAAAAUUACUGAAAGAACUGAGUUUCACUUUGUAGUGUAUUUCUGUAGGUAUGAUAGGUUUUGAAAUUAACGUGAAUGUAAAGUAAUAAGUAAUGCGAUUAUUUUUUACAUUCAGUAAUGGAAUCAAAUUGCAAUUUUAAAGUAGUAAUUAGUAAUCUGUAGUGGUUUACCUUUUUUGAUCAACUUACCCAACACUAGACAACAUGCAUAUACAGUCCCUCCGAAAGUAGUAGAAUGACAAGGCCAUUUACUUAAUUAAUUUAUUUAUAUUUUUGGCUAUACACUGAAGACAUUUGGUUUUGCGAUCAAACGAAGAAUAUAAGACGAAAUAUCAGAAUUUCAGCUUUUGUUUCCUGAUAUUUACAUCUAGAUGCAUUAAACAACUUGGAACAUGGCAGUUUUUAGGUGAGCAAAAGUAUUGGAACAGAGUCUUAACGUAAAUAACACUUGAUAUUUGGUUGCAUAUCCCUUGCGCGCAAUAACUGCAUCAAGCCAGUGACCUACUGACAUCACCAAACUAUUGAAUCUUCUUCUUUUGCUGCUUCUCAAUGCUAGUGAACAGAGUAUGAUGAUGUGAGGGCACAGGUAGAAUAAAUAAAAUAAUGAUCAAAUCAUGUUGGAUGUAUGAAAACAAAUUGUGUUAAUGUAUUAUUCAUGUGGAAUCAUUCAUGUUGAACCCAAGGUUUUAUUCAGUGUAUGCUGCAUUGGACUUUUCUCAGAAGUAGGAAGUCUGAGCACAGAUUGACACAAUUUUUGAACUCCAUGCAUUUGCGCUACAAAGUCUUUUGGAAAGACUUUUGUUAGCAACAAACUAGCCAGCUAAUUGUAAUCAGUGCAUAUUUUCUUCCUCAAAACUAUUUGUAGUUAAAGCUAUCUAACUACAUCUAAAGCUAUCUGUAUUGGCACUGGUAUAGCAUUAACAAGAUAUCUAAAUAAUAAUCUAAAGCAAAUACAUUAUAUAUAGCAAAAAAAGAAACUCACAUCCUCUCACAUUCAACUGCUUUUAUUUCCAGCAAAUUUCAUAACGUGUAAAUAUUUGUAUUAACAUAAAAACAUUCAAUAACUGAGACAUAAACUGAACAAGUUUCACAGACAUUUGAAGAACAGAAAUGGAAUAAUGAGUCCCUGAACAAAGUUGGGGUCAAUCUCAAAAGUAACAGUCAGUAUCUUGUGUGGCCACCAGCUACUUUAAGUACUACAGUGCAUCUCAUCCUCAUGGACUGCACCAGAUUUGUUAGUUCUCUCUGUGAGAUAUUACCCCACUCUUCCACCAAGGCAUUUGAUGAUCAGCUGUCCUUCCUGUCUCCUUGUAGCACUGUCUUCAGCGUCUUACAUUAGACAUUGCAGUUUAUUGCUCUGGCCACAUCUGCAGUCCUCAUGCCUCCCUGCAGCAGGUCUAUGGAAUGUUCAUGCAGGCAAGGUAGGCAAACCAUGCCCACACCUCACUCCUUGACGAGCUGCAGACAUGAAAUGAAACCAGGUGGAUUGCCUCAAGUGGUUCUGGUCAACUGGUCUACGCAGUGGUACAACAAUCUUUCCAGCUCUGUGACCACAGCUUUAGAGUUCCCAGAAUAAGACACUCAAUCCGGCUCCCAUACUAGACAAAACCUGAGAGGAGAGACGGUCAAAAAGUAAAGGAGGAGGGAAGGAACUGGAUGUAAACCAAUUUUCUCUAUGGUUGCCAUUGGGAACCUGAAUUCUGUGUGCUGUUUUGCGAAGUUGUCUUGACAGCUACUGAUUUUGGAAAGUGAAAGGGAGAAAAGCUCAGGGACAGGUUUAUAAUCCAUUGCUGCUGCAUGGAGGAGUAAGAGAGGAUUCAGACUCGUGCUGGUCACCAGUGGAUUUAUGCACUGCAGGGGAUCAUGGGAAAAGAACAGGAGCUUCUGCAGGCAAUUAAGAAUGGGGAUCUGUCUUCCACGCAGAAACUACUGACAAAGUUCAAAGGCAGCAGAAACAAAUUAUUAGGCUCCACCAAGAGACUGAAUAUCAACUAUCAGGAUCCAGAAGGAUUUUCUGCGCUGCACCAUGCUGCUCUAACAGGAACAACAGACCUGCUCUCCCUGUUGUUAGAAGCGCAUGCCACUGUGGACAUCAAGGACAGCAAUGGAAUGCGUCCACUGCAUUAUGCUGCAUGGCAGGGGAAAACCGAUACUGUGCUCAUGUUGCUCAGAGCAGGAGCUUCUGUGAAUGGAGCCUCACAGGAUGGCCAGAUUCCUCUACACCUUGCUGCACAGUAUGGACACUAUGAUGUGUCUGAGAUGCUGCUGCAGCAUCAGUCUAACCCCUGCUGUGUGAACAAGGCUAAGAAAACUCCCUUGGACCUGGCAUGUGAGUUCGGCCGGCUCAAGGUUGUCCAGCUGUUGUUAAGCAGUAACAUGAUUACAACUUUAUUGGAGGGAGACAGUGGGGACCCUACAGAUUCUGCCUUCAACACUCCUCUCCACCUCGCAGCUCGCAAUGGACAUAAGGACAUAAUUCGGCUUUUGCUGAAAGUAGGAAUCAACAUCAACAGAGUCACCAAAGCAGGUACUGCUCUGCAUGAAGCUGCUCUCUAUGGGAAGACAGAGGUAGUACGGCUGCUGCUGGAUGCUGGAAUUGACAGUAACAUUCGUAACUCUUAUAACCAAACGGCCCUGGAUAUUGUCAAUCAGUUUACAACUUCUCAUGCCAGCAAAGACAUCAAACAGCUCUUACGAGAUGCCACAGGAAUUCUUCAGGUGAGAGCUUUGAAGGACUAUUGGAAUCUUCAUGACCCUACCGCCCUCAACAUUCGCGCUGGUGACGUCAUUAUGGUGCUAGAGCAACACAUGGAUGGUCGCUGGAAGGGCCACAUCCACGACAGCCAGAGAGGCAUAGACCGCGUGGGCUACUUCCCACCCUCCAUAGUGGAAGUCAUCAGUCGUCAUUAUGGGGGCACACUAUCUCACCACUGCUCUAUGCCAUGCCAGAGGCAUCAGCUCUGCAGAGCUCCCCUUUCUUCCAGUCUGGGCAUGAACACCUCUGCCACCCCUAAAACUGAUGACUCAUACAUCCCUAAUUCCCUUCUGGCACCGACCCAUACAAACUGCCUGAGCACCAAUCGAGGUGGCCCCCCCAGCAGCUGCUCCCAGCUCACUCUGCCUUUUCUUGAGGACAUCUGGGUUCUGAGGAAUUCCUGUGCAGCAGGAGACAGGAACAGUGUGGGUAGCACUGGCAGUGUUGGAAGCACACGUAGUGCCGGUAGUGGACAAAGCACAGAAAACACCACCACCUCAAAUGGCCAACACAGCACCAACGCUGAGACCAGCAAACCACCUGUUCCCCUUGUUGGUGAUUCAGCACAACUGGACCAUCUCAAACAGCCAGACCACAGUGCAGGCAUUCAUCAGAGGACAGUGCUUGCUGUGCCGAAAGCACCAGAGCAGAGUUUCUUUCAGCAGUUUGUGCGACCACAGCAGCUGCUUGAGGGCAGGCAGGAUGCUGAAGCAAUCUACCAGUGGCUGUCUGAGUUUCAGCUGGAGCAGUACACUUGUAACUUCCUCAACGCAGGCUAUGAUGUCCCCACUAUCAGCCGAAUGACUCCUGAGGAUCUCACUGCUAUUGGUGUUACAAAGCCAGGUCACCGGAAGAAAAUCUCAAUGGAGAUUGGAAACCUAAGUAUUCCAGAGUGGCUACCAGAAUAUACACCAGUGGAUCUUGGUGAAUGGCUCAGUGCUAUAGGCCUGCCUCAAUACCAUAAGAAGCUGCUAGAGAAUGGCUAUGACUCCAUCAACAUUGUACGAGACCUCACAUGGGAGGACUUACAGGAGAUUGGGAUCACUAAGCUAGGGCAUCAGAAGAAAAUCAUGCUGGCAGUAAAGAAGCUUUCUGAUCUCCAUAAGGCUCUCCUCCAGGCCGAGUCAGGUCAGGGCACUCUGCGCUGCAAACAUCUGUCUGCACUGGACCUGCUACCCAUUGAUGGAGGUGACCCUACCAAGCCCCACACACACAAAAUGCUCACCUUCCAUGCUAGUGAGCUUAGUGCUGAACUCCAGAGUGCCAUGUCAACACAGCAUGAUGACCUUCAGGAGGGCCUGGCUAUCAAGAGUGCUGUGGCUCUUUCAGUGAGCCAGGAGAGUAUUGAUGCUCGUUCGGGUGGUUCAGGCUGGUCACAGGAGAACCCCAUAAUGUCUUGCUCCUUCUCAUUAGCUACCCCUUGUCACAGCCAGUCUCAAGACAGUCAGCUCAACAGCCCUUCAAAACAAAGAAACAUUCCAGAAGGUCAGGACCAUCAGCAAAAGAGGCCCACUGGUUCCUGUCCAUCGUGCAUUAUGAUGGAUGUCAAGCCCAAACCAGGCAGUUCUUUGGCACAGAAAGCCUUCAGCUACUUGAAUGCUAACAGUGGCACAGCCACCCUGGACCACAGUUUGCCCAGAGUGCCUAAAAAGCACACACAGAAUCUGACACGCCAUGCGUUGUCUGACGGUGAGGCUGAGGAAGAGGAUGAUGAACAGCUGGCAAUGCCUGCCACCACUGCACUGCCUUCUUAUGCCACACUGAGCCGCAGACCUAAACGUGGGCAUCUCAUCCGAGCCCAGUCUACUCCAGAGCAGUCAGUUAAUCGUAGCCACUCAUUUGCAGUCAGGACCCGGCGCAAAGGCCCUCCCCCUCCUCCACCCAAGCGCCUCAGCUCUGUCAGCAGUAGUAGCAGCAGCACUGAGACUGCAAAGUCCCCAGCCCCACCUAUAGGUCAAGUGGAGACUGACAACCCUGAAAGUGUCAAGAGCAUUGCAGCUACUCUAGAAACAACCAUAAUGGGCCCCAAGGCUAACCUCUGCCGUGAAGGCAAAACUGCCCUUUCUGGGUCCUCUGAGAUUUCCAGGAGAAGGGUUUUGAGCCAGAGCGAAACUAGCAUGCAUCCACAGGCUAAAAGAGAUGACCGAGUUGUUAAGUCAGAUUCUGAGGAGGAUGAAGGUGCUAAGGACAAAGGCCUGGACAGUUCUUCCUCACCUCAAAAUAGUUCUGGGGAGUGUAUCCCCUUUGCUGAAGAGGGCAACCUCACCAUCAAGCAACGGCCCAAAGCAAGCAAAGUUGACAGCACCACUGAGGCUCCAGAGAAAGAGACAUCAGCUAAGGUGCCAGAGCUGCCAGAGUUUAAAUUGAAGGAAUCAGGCACAGUAAAGAGGCGCCAUAAGCUGAAGGAGAAGGACCAGCCACUUGCCAUGCCCACUAGCAGAGGAGAGAGUGGGCAACAGUGUCUAAGUGCAGUUAACCUGUGCAUCAGUGAGAUACCAAUUACACCACCAUAUGUGCAACCUCUAAUUGUGCAGGCUCUGAAGACACCCCUCUCCCCGGAACCAGCCAGUCCACCAAAACCUGCACAUCACACUAGUAAUCUCAAUCAGCAUGCUCCUGCAGUCACAGCUGGACAACAAGGUGUUAUGCUGAGUGUGGUGCAGAAUGUGGCUUUUGCAGCACCCACAUCUUCAAUGCCAUGUUCCCCAGUAGCUGUACCUCCAGUUCAGAUGGUGACAUCAGGAACGUUUCAGGCAUGUGUGGAGGCUGGUCCAGAGUCCAUGCUGGUGCAGCAGAGACUGGAUCAGACCAGCUCCUCUCUGGAGAAGGCACUGAAGGCUGUGGAGAAAAAACUUACUUUGGAGGACAUGAACGAUGGAGGAUGCAACACCGUGAAGUCUGCAGGGAAUAUACUCGAUGACAUUGGGAACAUGUUCGAUGAUCUGGCAUACCAGCUGGAUGCUAUGCUUGACUGAACUUCCUUCUCAAACGUCAUACUGUAGCUCAAAGUGAUGUUUGGAUGUGAUGUAGGAGACAGAAAGAAAAAAGAACGCAAAGUGGGCCUGCUUACAGAACAAUUCAAACCAUUGGCUAUUAAUUUGCUUUUCUUUACCAUGAAAUAGGACUUUGCUGCUUGUGGGUUUACAAUGCAAAAAUGAAAAGGGACCCAACAUUUUCUACAAGGUCUCUGAACUCAUGUUUGACCAUUAACCAUUUCCAUUAACUCCAUUAAUUACUAUUUAUGCUUUAUACACUAAAACACUAGUGUCCACCAUAGGCUGCUGCUGUUUAGCCUAUGCUUUAACAGGAAGUAAAAUUUACAGUUAUUCCAUUUAUGAACCUAAUAACAUUUAUGUAAUUUAUUUUCUUUUCUUAAAAAAAAUGUUUUGUCUAUUUACUUUGGUUGAAUCUUUAAAUAUAAACCAAUAAAACAUGAGUACAAUUUAAUAUGGCAAGUGGACCCAGAUGACCUCGGACAGUAAACCAUAACUACUUUAUUCUUGCACCAAGACUUUUUGCAAUUUGUAUGUGUAUAUUUAAAACGUGCAUUUUCCUGAGCAUUUCAUUUAUGACUAGUUUUAUAUCGAAUUUGGUUGCCAUUUUAAAAUGUACUUGCCUUUUAGUGUCAGUAAAAUUUACAGUAUAACAUGGAUUACAGUUAUGUUGUGUGUAGUAACAACAAAAGUUUUCAGUAGUUAUUAUUGUAAAGGGAACACAUCAUCUUUGGCAACACAAAGUUUUGCCAGUGUGGAAUUAUAGGGGAAGCAGAUGUAUUAUGAAUGAUUACUAUAUUAUUCACAUUCAUUAUUUUUGAAAAAUAAAAAUGCAUAUUAGUAAAAAAGAAAAAAAAAGAAAAUGUAUUUAAAGACGUCAGAUAUGUGUUUUGUACACAAACAAUAUAUCUCAUUGAGGAACUGUAUGUUCUGCCAAAACAUUUGUGUUUAUUUUUUUUCUUCAAAUGUUCAUAUGACUUGUCCUUCCUAAACUAAUAAGUUUAUAUUGUUAAAACUACAUAGUAAUUGGUCCAACGCUGGAUUGAAAGGUAUGGAGUGCCAUUAUCGUCAGACUAAUUUGUGUGGUGUAGGAACUUUGCCAGGGAUAUAACCCCUAAGGUAUUACAUUUCUUGUCCUACAUUUCUUGUUAAGAAUGAUCAACAAAAUGAUUGGACAAACACUGCUUGUUUGUAUAAUGUCCACUUUCUGUCUACCUGGAAUUGUCAUAAAUGCUCUUUGAAGCCCAGGCCUCUCUACUCCAGUUUUCCACUCCAGGACAAUCAGCAACCAAUGUAUGUGGUGAGGCAGGAACCCUGACUGCGUCACACCUAAGUUCAGAAAAUCAUAAAUAUCUGUGAGUUGGGCAUUAAAUUUCCAUCCAUUUUUUCUGCUUAUCAACGUCAGAGUCAAGUUUUAGACUCUUGCUUUAGACAUGUUUUAGACUCUGAUCCUGCAUUAGUUUCAGCAAAGUCUCCACUGUUGAAAGACACAGGAGAACUUCAGUGAUGACCACCAAAGAGACACCAUCAAAACAUAACUAUAAAGUUUCUCUGCGUAUCUUCUUAGAUGUUGGCAUGAUACUUUAGCUAGAAUUUGUAUGUUAAGUAGAUCCACUCUUCUGGCCAUUUUAUGUAACAACUAAACAGCUGUCUACACUCACUGUGUAUGUCUGGUAUUAAGUUUAAUUCUACCCAUUCUGCAGUUGUUUAUCAUUUUCUUUCACUGCAUUGGUAUAUAUUUUCAACUGCCACAUAUUUUGUAUUAUAUGAAUGCAUCCAUUAUUAUUAUUAUUAUUAUUAUUAUUAUUAUUAUAAACGUAUUUUUGCAUAUGUUUCUCUCUUGUUGCAAAUGAGUUCUACAACUACCAGCAGAUUCACUAAUUUAAUGUCAUCUCAUUGUCCAUUGGACUGGUUCCCUGUUUAAUAUAAUUAUUAAAUAAUAAUAAUUUCUAAUAAUUUAAUACAUUUAAUAAAUAGACAUUAAUUCAAAUAUUUACCCACCUACAAUGGUCUAACAACAUUCUAUUUAUGAAAGUAGCUUUGUCAUCGCUACACUUACCCUCUUGCUUUUGCACAUAAAUACGAACACACUAACAUCACUAGCAACUUUUUGUGGCUUGUGCGCAGUGAUACUUUUCCAGUCUUUGGCAUUUCAUACGAAGUCAUUCACUGACACGAACAUUAACAGGUUGUUCAGAGGGUGAACAUGCUUGGCCUCCUAAGAAAGUCUCUGCCCAAAACUCUGCAUACUGGAAAAAGGAGACUAUGGCUAUGGCUUUCAGCUUCAUAGAGCAAAUGACUUGUUAUACCUAGGUAUUUACAUGAAGUGAAUGCAAAAACCUGACACCUCUUCAAAUGGGGAGACAAUUUUCAGCAUUGUGAUGGAUAACAUUAAAUGCCAGUUGAAAGAAUGUGCAUUUUGUUUGAUGCCAUCAGUCAGUAUGUUAUUUUAAUUACCACAGUCUUUAUCCAACAUCAAUGUCAAAUUCUUUGUGUCCAGUUGACAAUAUGUAAUAACAGUAUUCAAUCAUUUACACACCAUUUAUACAGCUAUUACUAUAUUUUUUUACUAUUAUAGUGCCACCAAGAGGCCAAACUCCUCCAUUUUUCACAUGUGCCCUCAGACCUUACAUAAGCUUACCAAUUUAACGUUUUUUCAGUAUUAUAGCACCACCAUGUGGCAAAACUGCGCCAACUGGGUGACCAUAGCUUGUCCUCAAACAUAAGCAUGCCAAAUUUGGUUAAGAUCUCAUUUUGUUCAACAGUUAUAGCCAUUUACGUAAAAGUGGCUACGCCUACAUCCUGUGUUUUCACAUACUGUAGCUACCUCAAGUCGACAGUUCAAACUUUUUUUUUUUUUUUUUUUUUUUUUUAUAAGUUUUGAUAAUGAGACUCCAUAAAUUUGUUUGGCACUGGUUUGGUCCCAAUUGGAGGAAAAACGCAUAACUAGUUUGCAAAAGUAGGUUUUACCAAAAAACAAGCUUUCAACAGUUAUGGGUAUUUUUAUAAACAAGCUCACUAUAGUGUCACCAUCUGGCCAAUCAGGCUGAAACAUUGAGAUGCUGUAGUACUCUGGAGUAGUACAUUCCCUCAAAGUUUCAGCUCUCUAGGCCUUAUGGUUUGGUCUGCACUGUCAGUUUUAUGGCAGAAUAAUAAUAAUUUUAAAAAAUAUAUAGCUGCAAGUAGCAAUUAUCAGCCGUUUAGGGCCCCUAAAGACGUUAAAAGAUAUUACUUAAUAUUGUGCAAUCCUAUAAGCACCUAAAUCAAAGAAAAACCAAGAUAAUUUUAAGAAAUAAUGGCCUUCAUUAAGCUUGUCUAAUAGCUGCUGAACAUUGCUCGACCGAUGGUGGCCAUGUUUUUCAGUAUUCACAAUUGUCCACGUAUAUGCUGAUUUUACCCCACAAGGACAAUUCUUGCAAGAUUAAUUUAAUGAAGUCUAUUGGACCAAUGGCUCCACAUUUAGUCCCAAUUUCAUAUUUUCUUCUGUUAUAGCGCCACCAACUGUUCACAAUCAGUAUUUUUAUGAAUUGUCCUCAGAUUGAACCCAUAAAUAAGUAUGCCAAGGUUGGUGAAAAUAUUUAAUUUUGUUCAAGAGUUAGCCAUUUAAGUAAAAGUGGCCACGCCCCCUUCAAACUUUUUGAUGUGUCCUUAAUUAUUGAUUUAAGCAGUCCAAAGAAUUAUCCUACUAUAGUAUAAUUACAGUUGAGC